AUGAAUGGAAUUAAUCAUGAUGAAAACAGAAAGGAGAAACGAAUGCCAUCGUGCGAAAAAAUAUGUUCUGCCGAAAGUACGAAAUAUAAGAAGUCAUUAUUGAAGUUGAAGCAACAGGAGAGUUUGUUAGAAAGGAAUCUGCUUAAUUUGACGGAGAACAUAAGAUCAAAAGAUGUGCAACUUGCUUUACAAGAUAUGAAUGACAUCUCCAGAAAGAGGGAAGAGUUUCUAGAGAGUGUAAAAAAAUCUUUGGAUAAAAUUACUGAGGAAUCCGAAUCAGCAAAAUCCAUUAUGGACUGUCCUGAACAAAUUCGAAACUUAGACACAAACAUGUAUAAGCAACGACUUGUAAGACUGUCACAAAAGAUUCAAGACUUCGAGAAGUCCUAUCAGUUUGAAUCUUUGUCGCAAGAGCAAUCUAUACUUGAAUCCGAAUUACGCAACUUUGAGUUAAAUCUACAUAAAUAUCAGAAUGUGACUCCUAGCAUUAACAAACCAACAUUCGCCACGUUCUCUAGUAAAAACGUUAAAAACGGUCAAAAGUACAAGGCAGUCCAAGACUUUCAGGCACUAAUUGCUAAAAUAGGCCACACCGAUAACUGGAGCGACGAAGAUCAUCAGCUGUUCGUGAACACACGACAGAAAUGCAACACCACACCUGCUUUGGUAGCCGCCAUUCAGUCUAAAUGUCCGGAUUUAACUGCGGAGGCCAUAGUGAAUCAUGAGGCUUGGUACAAGAUUUACCUGAGUCUGCGUGAAAAACAAAAAUCAAAUAUUAGGAAAUGGCGUAAAGAGAAAGAAAUGGAGAAAAAAAUCCGCGAAGACAAAAUGAUAGCCGAAAACGCGGAAGAAAUUUUUUGCGAAGAGUCAAAUCUUGACAUCGCGAAGAAACUUCGACUCGGCGCGAGUAAUAAACACGAAACAAAAGCAACAACAUCCGGUAACGUUGUCAAUAUUAGCAGCGCCAAUCGGAAAAAGGAAUUAAUAAGACAGUGGAAAAUGGAGAAGGAGAAUAAACGUUCGAUAGAGGAGCAACAGUCGAAAAGGUUGAUGGAGUCAAAGCUCGCCGCGCAAGAGAAACGUAAGCAAGAAAGACUGAAGAUGAUUCAAACGACCUUGCUGGAUUACCAUAAAAGAAAAUUGACGGAACUUUCCGCCAACGCGUCGAAGGACGAUUCGAAAACAGAACGAAAGUACGAUCCAGCGAUGAUCGAAAGUUUCAGAAAACAAGACGAGGAACAUAUAAGAAGAAAGAAAUAUAUGAUAGCAAUGUUACGAAAGUCGGCGCAGAGUCAGACAACAAAGAUAGUCAAAUCGCAAACGAUAAAAACACGAGAGCACUCGACUCUAUUGAAUCCGACGAAAGUUUGGAACGAAAAAUGCAAGAUGCAAGAUCUCAAUACGAAAGAACCGAGGAAACUGCAAUAUAUUAAGGACGUUCCUCGUUUAUACGUCCAAUGGAGAAAUAAAGAAUCAGACAUCAAGAAUAUCCCGACGUUUGCCUGAGUUGAGUUGAAUCUCGUAUUUUGAAUUUGAAUUUCGUAUCCAAAUGAAAUGUACGUAUAACAUGGCAAGGACAAAAAUAAAGGUACGGAACAUUGAUAUAUACUUAUGUUUAUUUUUCUUUACGAACGUACCUUUGUUUCUCUCAGACGAUGUACAUAAUAAGUUAUGAGUAAACGAGCGUUGAAUUUAUCCAGAAGCGCCGUUUCGCGCAUUAUAUUUCAGUUUUGUUUUAUUAUAAAACGUCCUGUCUGUGUUUCGUCGUUUUCAUUUUCAUUUAUCAGGGACACGAAAGGACGUGAAAAUAGAAGGCGAGAGAGAGAGAGAGAGAGAGAGAGAGAGAGAGAGAAGUGGGGUGGAAAAAGAGCGGAACAGUGAGGAAGGGACAAUCGUUGUCGACGUGUCCCGGAUAACUGCAACUCUCGGUAGCUUUACUCAAAUAUAUAUAAUAUACUUUCUAUCAAUCCUCUGUCUGUUAAUUCGAUAUCCCUUCGUUUAGAUUACCAAAUACAAAAAACAUAAUGGUAAUAUAAUAUUAUAAUACAAGCGUGACCGUCAUAUCACGCCGAAUGAUAGCCAGUCUGAAGGAUCGUCCCGAUACGUUUAACACACACUCCCUUGUUAUAUCAUUAUUAUUAAUUACUAUAUUUGUUUACAUCUCGCAUGGGGUAAUCGCGGCGCGAUAUGACGGCAACUCUUCCUUCUGUGGGAAUACUUACGCGCGAAAUCAUAAACGCGUACUCUUGUUCGUCUUUCUUUAGACAUUGUGUAUAAUGUAUGUAUAUAUGUGUA